AUGGCGAAGUCCAACAUGGUUCACCCCAGCCCUGGGACCCCAGCCUGGGAUCGAUUGUCCUUCUCGGUCGGCGGCUCCGCAGCCUGCUGGGACCAGCCCCCGCCAGGGGGUGGGACUACGAAGGGAGCCCGCCCAGGGGCGGGGCCGCUGGUCUUUGGCCGCCAGGGAAAGGGUAGGGUUCGCAGUCGAUAGCCGAGCAGCCCGGCGAGCGUCAUGGCUUCUCACCCUUCCAGGCGGCUUCUCCUGAUAUCCAACUCGCGGCUGUACGGGGAGGGCUACCUGGAGCACUGCGAGCAGCAAAUACGCAGCUUCUUCGGGGGAAAAGUGAAUCGGGUUCUUUUUAUUCCAUAUGCACUUUAUGAUCGAGAUGCCUAUGCCAAGACUGCAAGAGAAAAAUUUGAAACCUUAGGAUAUGGGUUAGACAGCAUUCAUGAAUCUUCUGAUCCUGUGGAAGCUAUAAGAAAAUCUGAAGCCAUAUUUGUAGGUGGCGGUAAUACUUUCAGACUUCUAAAAACAUUAUAUGAUUUAAAUCUGAUUGCUGAGAUCAGGAAACGAGUCCUAAAUGCAGGUGUGCCAUACAUGGGAUCUAGUGCUGGAACAAACAUAGCCACCAUCAGCAUCAAUACAACCAAUGAUAUGCCAAUUGUAUUCCCACCAUCAUUAGAGGCUUUGGGAUUUGUUCCUUUUAAUAUCAAUCCCCACUACCUGGAUCCAGAUGUUAACAGCACACAUAUGGGUGAGACACGUGAAGCACGGAUUCUUCAGUAUCACGAGGAGCCAGACACCCCUCCAGUGCUGGGUUUACGUGAAGGAUCAAUUCUACUGGUGGAAGGAAACAAAGCAACACUUUUAGGAAGAAGUAAAGCUCGGCUUUUUCUGAGGGGUCAAACACCAACAGAACAUGAGCCAGGAACAGACUUCAGUUUUCUCCUUAUUGGUUCUUAGAAGCUUACAGCCUUGCCAGAAAACAUAAUCAAUGAUGUCAGCAGGGAAACAAUCAAAAGAAGAUUGCCAGCAUAAUAAAUAAAGGAAACAUAAAGCAUUAAACAAGAUACAAUAAACAAAAUACAAAUACAAAUUAUAGCUAACCAAGAUUGCCUUUUUAAAAAAAUGUUUCCAUGUGCUAUGGCAAUGUUUUGUAGUUAUGACCACUUUGCUUUGCGAAUGCAACUUGAAAAUAAAUUCUAUAAUAAAACUCUCGCUAACA